AUGGCCUUUCACCUCAAGACCAAAUCCCACGGCUCUACGUCUGGCGCCAAACACCGGCCAAACAACCAUAAGAAGCCCUCUUUCCUGUCCAGUUCCUCAAACCAACGCUCAAAUUUAUUUCCUGUUUUUCAACUCGCUACUCUAAUCCGAUUUUCAAAAGACAACAGGAUGGGAAACAGGAACCCUUCCCAUGUCCCUUUGCCGGCCGAUGGUAGAAUCGACACCGUGACACAACACAUCAAUGGUCAAAGAUACCCGGGCUUUCAGGGUCAAAGAGCUAGCCACACGGUCACACCAAAGGUUCCACCGUUGGUUCUCGCCAGUAGCGAUCCUUUCAACCUUCCCCCUCCCAUUAUCCCUCCGGCAAACUAUUCGCCUCUGCCUGCACGUUCCAUUUCCCUGGGAAGGCCGGUUCAUGACCCCACUGCGCGAUUAUUUCCUUCGAAAACUCCUCUGUGUUUCAACCGGGGUCCAACUCCCUUUACCCCUUCAACUUGCUCACAAGGUACUUCCUCUGGAUCAUCAAUCAACCCCCAUAUCAAUCCGUUCAUCUUGAACGCUUCCCAAACAUCACAACAUACCCCGUCAGCCACGGAUUCGACAUCGAACCACAACUACAGUUCACCUUUGAAGAGACAUGCCCCGACAGAUGGCCCUUCGGUCAUUGCAAUUGGAACUGAUGACGACCUGCCUCUUGAUCUCUUCAACGAUACUUGUGGUGCUGUGCCUACCGCUCCAAUUCCUGCCACCCCGAGGACGGAUCAUGAGGAGGAUGAGGUCCCUGACAAAGAACAAACAUUUCAAAUCUAUUUCAACCUUUACCAACCCGAAUGCCCUGACCAACCGGAACCCAAAAAGAGUAAGCGUACUCCUGGUGGAUCCCGAAACAACUCCGCGGUCACUAAAUCAACCAAGCUCAAGUACAAAAAUUUCAAUCCGAAAUUGCCUAAUCAACUCACCUUGCGACCAAAAGAAAUCUCUUUCACUUCUUUCAGACACCAGAUGUUUGACACCUGCAACGAAGAUCUCCCCGGUGUUUCUGAAGUUCUCGAGUGCACCUGGGUUGCUUGA